AUGUUGAGCUUUCUGAGGCGCUGCGUUUCAUUUCGAGACUAUGGGACGUCGGCAGCAGUAAUAACGGGCCUUAGUUCAGGCCAUUCGCGCGCUACACAAGAAGGUUCCGCAUCAGUCCGAGCGGUUCGCUCGUUACGUUUCCAGAGGUUCGUCCUAGCGCCAUUCGCGCCUGUCGCUGUUGGGAUGGAGUGCGUGGUUCAGGGAAUAAUCGAGAGUAAGCAUGUGCGUGCACUGGCGGAGCUUAUAGAGGGGAUGACAGGCGCCAGAGAAGAGAAGCUGGAUCUACACCAGUUGGUGUACAGAAACGCACCUAAUAUAGGAGCCAUACCCUGUGAGGUCCGGCUGGAGUGCCCUCUCAACUGCACCCCACCCAUAUGGACCAUGACACAUGUGGGGGGGGCGAUGAGGGGAGCAGGCGCGGACCAGUUGGCAUGUCUGGUGCGCAGCAUAGUGCGAGUGAGGGCAUCUCCUUCAGUGAUACACCUUGUACCCGCUAUAGGCCUCCGCCUCGACCACGAGCUGAUCCGUCGAGGCUCCGCGUUUGACUUCGCCCAUCGCUCCCACGCCAUGCGGCUCGAGGCCUUUGCUCCCCUGCGCCUGCCCAGGCAGCAUGCAGUGAGCGACGCGCAGCCGCUGCCCUCUCUGGCCGGGCUGCAUGUGGUGGAGGUCACAGCUGCUGCUGCUGCUGCUGAGACCUACACGGAGACUGCUGCUGCUCUCAACUCAUUUGCCGAAACAAUUGCCCCGUGA